AUGGGCCUGUAUUUGGCACACUGCCCAUAUCAUAUUGAAUACCCCAUUGAAAUUACGCCCCGGCCCUGGCCGUGGUUACGUGUCAGGAAGCGCGACUACAAUAGCACUAAAAAUGAGAGCUCUUUUGACGCGGCCGCUCAACAGCCUCGCUCGAGUGAAAUGACCUCGCUUGUUUUUUAUGGUAACUUAACUGCUCUUGCUUAUUUAGUAAUAGUGCACAUCUUGCGGUACCGCCGCAUUAGAUCUAUCGUGGCAAAAUAUCCUCCCUUGCAAGGCACUGAUGGGAAGAGCACGUCUGAUUACUGCAUGACACCAGCAGAAGCACAGAAGAUUAUCUGGACAUCGUCGCUGUAUGAUCACCCUAUGCUAGUCGAGAAGGCCUUGGAAUUUGCUCUAUUCAAAACAUACGGGAUCGAGUCGAUCUCAAAGCUACUCCUCAAAACAGGACAAUUGAGCAAGGAUAUAAACGCUAGCAGGCGAUAUCGCACUCGACUUCAGACAGCAAUAUUAAUUCAAACCUGGGUGCACGUUCCAAUUACCGGCCCCGGCUCCGGAGUCGAAGAGCUGCCAAAAGGUGCAGACCCCCGAGGAGCAAUCGCAUUGGCGCGUACGAACUGGUUGCAUUCAAAGUACACAAUUAGCAAUGACGAUUACCUAUACACGCUUUCCUUGUUCAUCAUGGAACCAGCCAAAUGGAUAGAGAAGUACGAAUGGCGGGGCUUAACCCUUUUAGAACGUCAGGCUUACUUUGUGUUUUGGUCUGAAAUCGGUCGUCGUAUGGGAAUCAAUAACAUUCCCGGAACUCUUGAAGCCCUUGUCGAAUGGUGUGAGGAAUAUGAACAGACAAACAUGGUUCCAUCUCAAACCAGUAAAACCGUGGCAGAGUUGACUACAGCUCUACUUCUCUACCACGUCCCACCCUUUGCUCGGGGCUUUGGAAAACAAGCUGUAGCGGCGCUCUGCCCGGAAAGGCUAAAUAGAGCAAUAAUGGUGCCCGAGCCUCCCGUUUGGGUCAUCAAGUCUGUUGAUGCGGUUCUGAACCUCCGUAAACUAUUUAUCAGACAUCUAUGUUUACCGAGAUCCAGCCCCCAGUGCUAUGUUCCUUUCGAUACGACUGGUCUAGGUGCACCUGGUGUAUGUCCUGCUGGAGUUUCCGUUUGUCCUGUUUCUGGCAAACAAAGCCCGAACGGUGGGCCAGUAUAUCGCCUGCAUCCAUUCUACGCUAAUAAUGACCCGUGGUACAUUGGAUCUCCAUCGGCUUUGGGCCAAAUCCUGGCCAACAUAUUGACUGUCUUGGGGAUUCGCAACCCUAGGGCUACUCCUGGGCCUCAGUUUAAACCCGAAGGAUAUCGUACCGAGGAGCUAGGACCAAGUUCGUUUGAGAAAAGUGGAAGGGAGGAGGUGCUUGCCAAUGCUGAGGCUAUAUAUGGCGGUAAGAUAACUGGCCCCUGGUCGUUCCAGUGA